AUGGCAGCCGCCGAGCCGCGAACGUCGGCUGUGCCCGCCGACUCCCAGACAAGCCAUCGCACUGACGUUGCUCUGGCCGGAGAACGUAGCAGUUCUAAAGUACCUGAGAGCUGUGUUCCUGACUUGGAUGCGCUCUGGUUCUGCUACAGUCCAGUGUACCAGUUUCGGUACUACUACAUGAAUGGUACGGUGGACUCGUGCGUGGGCAAGGUGCGGCGGCUUGUGCGAUGUUUUCGAUCGCGUCUCCUGUCACCAGAAGACGCGGAACGCUUGUACGCCAACGGUGCUGAGGACGACGAGAACGCCCAUGCAUCCGUAGGGCGCCGAGCGGGACCUUACGAACCCGUCUGGGAGUUGCGAGCGCGCGGGGCGGCCCCGGAGACGCCCGGCGCGUCCAACGCCUUUGCCGCAACCCGGGAAGACCGGCAAAGCUAA